AUGGCCAUGCAGUGGGCAAAAGCAACAGGAGUGUUCAAAGAUAUAGAAAAUGUGAAAGCUCUAAGAACAUCAUUGAAAAACUGGUCUUGUUUAGACAGCAAAGGCAUUUUGGAGAUAACAUCUGUAGAAAUUGGAGUUGUGGCAGUUAAGUCCAUUAAGAGCAACUAUUACUUAGCCAUGAACAAGAAAGGAAAAGUCUACGGCUCUAAGGAGUUUAACAGUGACUGCAAAUUGAAGGAAAGAAUAGAAGAAAAUGGAUAUAACACAUAUGCAUCAUUAAAUUGGAAGCACAAUGGAAGGCAAAUGUUUGUGGCCCUGAAUGGAAGGGGAGCCACAAAGAGGGGACAGAAAACAAGAAGGAAAAACACUUCAGCUCACUUUCUUCCAAUGGUAGUAAUGUCAUAG